GAUAUUUUACCCUUUAAUAUAUCUCAUUUUUGUGACUUUCUCUUUCUAGUGUUAUUUUUGAAACAAAAAAUCAAAAAGUGCUAUUAUUGACAAUUGCCCAAAAUAACUAUUUGAUUUCAAAAUUUGAAAUUGAUAACGGCAGAAAUCUUCAAUAACUUCAUGUCAUCCUUCAACUCCCCAUUUUUCAAAUCACACAUCAGCCAAAACAUGGCGUCUCUCACAGGAGGAAUCCUGCUGAAGCUCCUCCAAUGCAUGAACUCCAACACACGCCCAACGGGAGAGCACAGAUCCGCAAUCCUUCAAGUGACAGGAAUAGUACCAGCCCUGGGCGGGUCCGAUAAAGGGUUCUACGUCCAGAUCUCCGACUCUUUAAACUCCACCUACGUCUCCCUCUCCCAACGCGACAACACACAUUUUAUCCACCGUCUUCAGCUCGGCCAGUUUAUCUACCUCGACCGCCUCGAAUUCUCCACCCCCGUCCCUCGCGCCGCCGGUAUCCGCCCCCUCGCUGGCCGUCACGCCUUCCUCGGAACUCCCGAGCCGUUGAUCGCGCGCGGAUCCAAACGAGAUUUCGUUAUCCAGCCCGUUUCCGCUUCCGAGUACUCGCUUGACCCUAUCGCAGUUUACUUAAACAAUAAACGGUUCGAUGAUGACGUGGCGGUGGCGCCGAAUGGGAGGCCAGCGCUUGCUCCGGUGAACCAAAACAAUAGCCAAAUACGCAACCAGAAACCUAAGCCGCAAAGAUUCUCGUCACCAGCAUCGGCUAAGCAACGUUCAGUGGAGAGAGAUCCAUCCCCGGCGGUUUCGGGAAAAGCGAGGAGAUCUGCGUCUCCGGUUCCCUCAAAAUGCGUUGUGCCGAGUCUUGCGGCGGCGCGUGAGGAGGAGAGCAGGAAGGUUGUUAGAGAGCAGCCAUCCAUUGUUGUGCCUUCGAGAUACAGACAGCCAUCACCUAAUGGAAGGAAGGUGAAUCCAUCUCCUAGCGGAAGGAGGAUGUCGAUUUCUCCGGGGAGAAGGAAGAAGAUGGGGGUGAUUCCCAAAGUCUCGGAGGCUCUUGUGGGAUCUUCAGCUAAACAUGUUAACCGGAAGAAUUGGGAUGAACCUGAGCAGAAGGACAAGGGUUGUGAUGUUAAGAAUAAGCCUCAUCUUCUAGCAAUUUUGCGUACUCAGGCUGCUAUGUCAAGACGUCUUAGUGAUGCAAACAGGCGGAAGAGCGUUUCCUCCGCGUGUGAAGAGAAAGUGAAGUCGUGUUCGUCAGAGACUAGUUUAGUAGAAGAAGUUUCAGACAUCACUUAUCAUGAUCGGAAAUGGACAGAUGGUAGCGUCCCAUUGCCGGAUAGCAUCUCAGGAGAUCUUGCAAAACUUGUCAAGGAGGCAAUGCAAAGAAGAAACUUGGCUGCCAAAGCUGCAGCUCGAGCAUUGGAGGAAGCUAAUGCCAAUGAGUGCAUCAUAAGAUGUUUAAGUAAAUUCUCGGAGCUUUCUUCUGCCCCUAAAGUUGGGAAUCCGCUGCUGACCAUCAGCCAGUUCUUGGUAAACUACGAAGAUGUUGUGAAAUACAGUCAGAUCGUUAACUCAAUAGCUUCGGAAGACAAUUGUCGUUUGUCAUCUGAUCAACAAAAUCCAAUCUCUCUUUGGGUUGAAGCUGCAUUAGCUACUAACCUCGACGUUGUCUCACUGGUGAAAAACCAGAAUAACCACGAAUCACCUUUGACGAAAUCAACUCCUACUCGCCUCUCUCCAGGUUGCUCUACAAAGACAGACAAUAUUGUUGGGAUGUGGACAGAAGUAGAAGGCAUGAAGGAGACGGCUAAGUUCGCAGUGGGUGUAAAAUCCGAAAUGCAAAUGUGGUUCAUUGGGUUCGUGGAAGAGUCGUUAGACAAGAAAAACACGGCAGUGCAGCCUUUAGACGGUAGUUCCGUAGCUGCUGUUCUGUCUCAUCUGAAACAAGUUAACGAGUGGUUGGACCGGGUCGUGUCGGACCAAGAUAACCAGAUCACAACAAUUUCUCUAACCGACAAGAUUGAGCGACUGAAACGCAAAAUCUAUGGAUUCGUAAUCCACCACGUGGGAUCCACUUAUGACAACUCGGCUUCCUCUUCUUGAAUUUUUUUUCUAUCUUUUGCUUUUGUCUUCAACGUUUCAAUACAUUGGCUUUUUAAAGAUAAAUCUACAACUAUGUUCAAAUA